GAUAUGGCAAGAACCAAGCAAACAGCUCGUAAAUCCACCGGCGGCAAAGCCCCUAGGAAGCAGUUGGCCACCAAGGCCGCCCGUAAAAGUGCCCCGGCUACCGGCGGCGUUAAGAAGCCUCACCGCUACAGGCCCGGUACCGUAGCUCUCCGUGAGAUCCGUCGUUACCAGAAGUCGACUGAGCUCCUCAUCCGCAAGUUGCCAUUCCAGCGUCUUGUUAGAGAGAUCGCCCAGGACUUCAAGACCGACCUUCGCUUCCAGAGCUCCGCCGUCAUGGCUCUACAGGAAGCCAGCGAGGCUUACCUCGUCGGGCUGUUUGAGGACACAAAUCUGUGCGCCAUCCACGCCAAGAGAGUCACCAUCAUGCCAAAAGAUAUCCAGCUAGCCCGUCGUAUCCGCGGCGAGAGAGCUUAA